UAAGCAAAGUGUGGUCGAAGAGAUGUGGUCUUGUGUCUUUCCAGGAAUGGCAAGUGCUCCUCCAUUCCCAAUUAGCUUCUUGCUUUCUCCUCGCAGCACUGCACAUUUCACUUAUUUCCUCCCAUCACUUCAACAACUUGAAGGAAAAAGGAGCAAUUUCAAGACUUGCCCUUUAUCGCAUUACUCAAUCAAAUGUUCAUCCCCGACUCAGGGAUCUACUGCAGACGAUAGCUUUUUCCAAGAAAACAAAGAAUUAAAUAACCAAGAGAGCAAAGGGUUUUGGAAGAAAUGGAAGGAAAACUCAGCGGAGAUGAGCGCAAAGUUAGCAAAGCUGGGGCUUGCAGCUGUUCUGGCUUAUGGUCUGUUUGAUGGUGUCACAUACACUUGCUUCUUUGUGCUUGCAUUCUUGGGCUAUGAGAAGAGUACUGGGAAUAAUCCUGCUGCAAAUCUCCAAGCCCUCUUGGGGAUUAUAAUCGCGAUGUGGGCGGGAAAUAAUGUGACAAGGCCAUUUAGGGUAGCAGGAGCAGCUGCUUUGGCACCUGCCAUUGACAAAGGACUAAGAAGAAUCCAAAAAUACUUCAACUUUCCAAGUCUUGUAUAUGCUUUUGCUUUAGUAGUUGGUAUAGUUGCUGGGACAUGUUUCACCAUUAUUGGUUUACUCAUCCUCUCAAGAUGGGGACAGUGAAAUUAGCUGGAUAUUUUGUUUGUCAUCUGUCAACGGUUACUUGUGUCAUUGAGAUAGUUUUGAUUUUAUCCUUUUUCGUUUAUACUGUCUUGUUUCCUCAGCAUACGAAAGUAGUAUACUCAUUCUACUUUUAGCUCUUUA